UGUCGCCUCUCUGAGUCGCGCUAAAGUGACGUCAGAAAGUCGAAAGGAAAAUAACCAACAUGGCGGCGCUGCUGAGGGCUGUACGUGCUGGAAGGGCACUCCGGGGGCUGGGCAGCAGUAAAUAUGGACCACCACCAGCAGCAGCAUCAUUUGAUCUUAUCGCAGCACCAGCAGCAAAACCUGAGUGUGUCAGUGUCAAACGAGGCUUCCGCUGUGCAGCGCUGAUGCUUCAGGAUGAAUCCAAAUCCAACAAACACGUCGGUCAGGACCCAACAGCCGGGACGACCCAAAGAGAGUCGACAAGUAACACACAUGCCGACGAGUCUACCCGAGCGAACAGCAGUUUCCAGGAUGAGAGUGAAGAGCAAGGUGAGGAGUACGAAACGGAGGAGCAGCUUCAAGGGCGAAUCCUGGCCGCUGCUUUGGAGUUUGUCCCGCAGCAUGGUUGGACCGCGGAGGCCAUUGCGGCCGGUGCUGAGACGCUGGGCCUGUCGUCGGCGUCCGCCGGCAUGUUUAACAACGGAGCUGGAGACUUGGUGCUGCAUUUCGUUGCUCAGUGCAAUUCCCAACUGGCCGAGAUCCUCGCCGAACAGCACAAGCAGGUCCAGCUGGGACAAGCAGAACCAAAGAAGACUGCUGACUUUCUAAGAGAUGCAGUGGAGACCAGACUUCGGAUGCACGUCCCCUACAUAGAAACAUGGCCGCAGGCGAUGAGCAUCCUGCUACUGCCUCAUAACAUCCCUGAGGCUCUGAAACACCUUUCCACCCUGGUGGACGACAUCUGGUACUACGCUGGAGACAGAUCCACAGACAUGAACUGGUACAGAAAAAGAGCAGCACUGACCGGCAUCUACAACACCACGGAGCUGGUGAUGCUGCAGGAUUCUUCCCCAGACUUCCAGGACACUUGGAUCUUUCUCGACAACCGCAUUCAGGAUGCAGUCAACAUGGCCACCUCCGCCAAACAGUUGCAGUCGACGGGUGAAGCGGUCGUGCAGGGCCUCAUGGGUGCUGCUUUAACUCUGAAGAAUCUCUCCGGAAUGAACCAGCGGCGAUGAGGCCAAGCACCUUCACAAGACUGAUCCCAGACCUAAAACCAGACCAUGCUCUCUGGCCGAACCAUUACAAUAUUCACUUAUGGUCAGAUCCUUUCAGCUCUUCAAUAAAGUAAAUAUUAUAUAUUUA